AUGAAAUCUUUGAAAACUUUUAACAGAGAAUGUAAACGCUUUAGUACAUUAUCAUCCCUGAAAAAGAAAUGGCAAGACCUAAGUUCGUACAUAACAAAAGAUAGUGAUAUGUCCAAUUGGCGAGAUCUCAAUGCAAAAAUUUUUGAGGCGGAAGUUCUAGUACAGAAGGACAAAGGCCACUUUAAAAAAAUCGACUGGAGCGAGUGGAAUGAAAAAAUUAGCAACAAGGAACUUUUGCUUUGCAUGAAAAACUUUUACGACAGUCAAAUAAGUGCGUUGGAGGAAAUUGAAGCAGGAGAGGAGAAAGAAGCAAAAAGUGGAAUGCACCAAAAAAGCAAGACACAUGAAGAGGAUAUCCUAUUUGAGGAAGCUCUAAAGAACUGCAAAAAGGCGGAAGAGAAUUCUGCAAAACUUCUAAUUGACGGAGCUAAAACGUUGUGGAUAAGUUUUCACAAUCCUCCGGUAAAUAAUUUAGAUAAUAACGAAUGGAUGGAUAGUGACCUGUACUGGCAAGCUUUUGUUGAAAAACAUUCAGUUUAUAACCUGAACAGCAAGAAUUUAAGUCCAGAAGAUGAAGAGAACAGAAAUUUGGAAAAAAACGAAUGGCAUAAAAAAACAAUGAAAUUUAAUGAAAGGAGUGACACUCCUAUUUUAUAUGAUUAUAUGAUUAAUCUACCAUCAUGGGAAUAUUACGAUAUUAAUAGAAGAAUUUUUCUUGAAAAUUUAAUUUAUUUUUUAUUAAGAACUGGAUUAAAUUAUCGAUUUUUUCCUGAACUCUUCAGGUGGAAGUGGAAAACACAUAUAGAAGAUUUACGAUUUCAAUAUUUAGAGAUAGCACAAAAGAGGAGAAAAGAUUAUCAAUUAGAAAAAGUAAAGAGAGAAGUAGCAUUGGAAUUACAACCAAUUGAUUAUGAACAUAAAGGAGAAGAAUUUCAUUUGAAACUAUUACAUCAUUUCCGAGAUUAUCAAAAUGUGGUGCUCUCAAGAUUGAUGUCCAAUUAUAUUUUUUUAUGUCAACCAUAUAUUCCUAUUCAAACAAAAGAAGGGCUAUCAAAUGUUUUAAAAAAGUACACAACAGGAAAAUUAUAUAAGUUAAAUGAUCAAAUAACAUGUUUAUUUUUUUUACCUGACCAUUUGCAAGUUACUGAUGAAAGUAAUAAUCUUAUGUACAAACCAUUGGAUGCACUAAAUAAUUUUUAUAAUUAUUUGAAAAGUAAAAAUGUUACAUGGAAUGACUCUUAUCAUAAAAUGCUUCAUAUAUUUACGCAAGUAUUACAAGAAAGAGGUCAGUAUUGGCUGAAUAUACCGAAUGAGAGCAUUCCGGAUUCUUUUUUAAGAAAAUAUAAUAAGGACGAUUCCUUAUUCCCAGUCUUUGUACAAUACGUUUCACAGUUAAAAGAAAUUUUUUCAAAUAAAAUUGAAAUACCAAUUAAAAAUUAUGAAUAUGAAAUAGCUAUUAUUCAUAAAAAAUAUAAUGACGAGUGUGCUUUUUUUCACAGUUUUGUUAAAGCCUUUUUACCUGAUGAUAUUACAUUAUUAUUGCAUGACAAUAAUUUACCUGAUUUUUUUAAAUUAAACGAAAAUGAGAUAAAACAAUUAGUGAAGGAUGGACAAAUCAGAGUAAUUGAUGAGAACACGAAUGAGGAAAUUGUCGAGCCGAGCAAAAUCCUGGCAUAUGUGAAGGGGCAGGAGGCGUACAAGCAGGAACUCCAGGAGUUCGUCAAAUCGCUGCCUGCAUAG